GUUCGGAUAAUCGAUAAACCAGAUCAUCAAAGCAUAUCAUGGAUCCAUCAAGUGAAAACAAUUCGCCAAUGGUAUCUCCAAACGAUGAUAAAAUUGUGAAAAUUACUGUAAGCAGUGUGAUGCAAGGAGUUAAACAGAUUGUGGUGGAAAUGAAAGAUAAAGAAACAGUUAGCAUUCUCAAAAAUCGAAUUGAACAAGAAACCGAGGUUUUGACCAAUCGACAGGUUUUGCUUUUCAAAGGAAUGGAGCUCAAGGAUAAUAACAAAACAAUGACUGAUUGUGGAAUUAAUUCUGAUGCAAAAAUCACGAUGAAUGUUAAAAUGAGCACAGGAAUUGUUACCAAUCCUACUACAACUGACAUUUUACUCAUGAUGCCACCAAUUUUCCCAACUAACCAAGACCAACUGAGAAAGGAGAUCAAAGGAAUGCAUACGGUACAUCGUAAACCAAAGAAGAUGAGUGGCAUAGAUGCAAAUGCAAGUCUUUGGACACCGGAGAAGCAAAUGGAAAAUGAGUUCACUAGAAAUCGAAUGAAAACUUUGCUUCGCCGUAAGAAACACGCACCAAUCUUGUCUGGAACACCGGUUGAUUCUGAAAUCGGAUCUGCGCAAACAUUCUCGCCGGUUGCAACUCCUCCCGGAGAGUUGUCUUCGCCGUCUACAGUUUCAUCUCAUGUCAGCUCUGGAAGUGAACCGGAAAGUGAUGCCGAGGUUGUUACCGAAAAAGAACUCAAGCUCUUCUUCGAUCCACCUGAAACAAUUGAGGAACACAAACAAUGCCGCCGUUCGAUGGUUCUUGCUCCGAGCAGCGAAGAAGAAUUGCUUGAGAACUUGAAAAAAUUCGAAGCGGAGAGAAAGACCAAGUGUAAUACUUGUUUCAAGAAGCUCUCCGCAGCUCAACAGACCAUGCAUUGCAAGUGUCUUAGAAUCUUCUGUGAUCGUCAUCGUCAUCCAAAGAAUCAUACAUGUGUGAUUGACUACAAGCAGGAUGGACGGAACAAAUUGAAGAAGAAUAACUCGAAAGUUGGAGAUGGCGGAUGGAGAAAAGCCAAGUUUGAAUCAUAGGAAAAGAAGAAUUAGGAAUUAGAAGAACUCGGUUUUUACAAAAUGAAAGAAAUAUGAUUUUGAAUGAAUUAGUUUACUCG